GAGACGGAAAUAUUUUACGACCCCGCUGUAUCCACAUUUCAGUGUUCCUGGGAAUUUGGAAUUAAUUCAGCAGCUCUUUUACCAAACGUUGUUAUUGAACAUCAAUACAACAGACUGUUUUCCCCGCAUCUCACCGGUAAAAUGUUAUACAGCAACAGCAUAGAAAAGCCUUGGAUUCAUCUCAUUUGCAUGGAUUAUGGAAGCCUUGGCUUCGAGGUAACCGAAGUACUUUAUUCGACCGAUUUCAGGAAAUGGAUAAAAAUGAAACCAAAGAAAGAGGACAAGGUGAAACUGUUCCUCUUUAUGGCCCAAACUGUUGACUCGUUCUACGAAAGACAGAGUAUCAGUUUCUGCAUCAAAAUGAGAAACACUGUCGAACAUUAUCAUUACGAAAUUAUGGAUACGUUGUGGAUCACAGAACUUUGGCAGGCGGCCGUCGAUCGACACUUCACUGAUGUUGACAUAUUCAUCGGGAACGACAAGGUAAUGGAAGCCCACAAGGUUGUACUGGCAACAAGAAGUCCAGUACUGAAUGCCCUGCUGUGUAAAACAAGUGGAACCGAAAAACCGAAUGUCACGUUCGAUUCGUCUACGGAUCCAGAUGUUUUGGAACAAUUUUUGCGAUUCAUUUACACUGGUUGUUUAGGAAUAUCCGCCGCCAAUAGACAACUAGUACAACUUUCCGAAAUGUAUCAAGUGGAAACAUUAAGGAAAAUUGGUGAGCUUGCGGUUAGGCAAUCUCCUUCCGACGUUGAUCAUGUAACAGAUUUUUUGGUAGCUAACUUUUAA